CGUUUAGUCUAAAAAUUUUCAGUUAAAAAAUUUUUUGCCUCUUUACCGCAAUGCUGCGACGUGAUCUCGGAGAAAUACUUAAAUACACGCUUAGUUUUAAACAGUUUAAUGGAAGAAAGAAACACGAUUCGAAGACGAAUCAAGCGUUCGGCGAUAUUGCGUGUGAAACGGAAUAUUAUUACAAGCAGGAUAGGAAAUUGCUGAAAGUCGUCAAGGAGAAGACGCAGGACGAGGUGAAGCACAUGCAGAGGGAAGUGCAGAUCAUGAGGAAUAAAAUAGAGGAAUACAAUCGUGGUAUAAGUGAGAAUUUGAGAUUUCUGAAGAGCUUGGAAAGAGAUUUAUCUGCCGGCGAGAAGAAGACCUAGGCAGUAGUGUUUCAGCAUCUAUAUUGUUCAUAUUUAAAAAUCGUAAUCUGUGAGACUGAUUUUGAAUAAAUAACUCGUAUUUUUCCGCUA